GGACACUAUUCAGUGCCGGACAGAUUCCGUUGACAUUGCUGCUGUUACCAAACCAGAAGGUUUCAGUGCAGGGAGGUUCCGUGAAUCUGCAGCCCGCUUCUCGGCUCUAACAGCGGGUCUUCGUGCAGUCAUGUACCGGCGGCCGCUGCAGUUCGCCGCCAGAAGCGUCGCUCAUGUGUCCGCCUGCAGGGCCGCCUCCGCCGGGGGCAAGGCGUUGGAUCAGGAAGCCUGUUUCAGAGCGCUGGCCGCCUGUCAGCAGGCAGGCGUCUCCUCUCCGUUAGUAACGCCGUGCCGGACGCUGCAUGUCGCCACACAGCUCCGUAACGUGAAGGAGACGCGUCAGCACACGGAGGAGGAGGUCGGCGCCUUCACAAAGCUCAUCGAGGCGAUGGGCUUCACGGGACCGCUCAAAUACAAUAAAUGGAAAAUCAAGAUUGCUGCUCUGCGGAUGUACACAUGCUGCGUGGAGAGAAUCAACUACGACGAGUUCUUCGAAAAGUGCACCCUCCCUGACACUCUCAACUCCUGGUUCCUGGUUGCACAACUGCACGUAUGGAUGUGUUUGGUGCGGAUGCGUCAGGAGGGCAGAGAGGGGAAGUACAUGUGCCGUUACAUCGUGCACUCCAUGUGGGAGGAUGUGGAGCAGAGGAGCAAAAUCAUGGGGAUUGAUGCCAUCCACAGAAAGGAAGCGAUGAAAGCAAUGACUGAAACCUUCUAUGCAGCGAUAUUUGGAUACGAUGAGGGAAUCCUGUCUGAUGACUGUGUGCUGGCGGCGGCUCUGUGGAGAAACCUGUUCAACCGUCAGUGUGAAGACCCCAGACAGCUCGAGCUCAUGGUGGAGUACAUCCGCAAACAGAUGCAGUACAUCGACGCGCUGGACGGGGACGACCUGCUGCUCACAGGAGAGGUGAAGUGGCGCCCCCUGGUGGAGGAGAAUGCACAGAGCAUCCUGAAGGUGGUCAAACCCACGUACAACGAUGCCGGACUGUGACAGACGCUUGUUGCACUUCAGUUUCCUUUCCUCGGUUAUGUUUUCUCCCCCCCUUCUUUUCCUCAUAACACCUUCUCUCCUCUCUGUUAUGAGAUUUUGAUUUGACAUCAACUCUGUUGUUGUAGCUUUUUUUUUUUUUUUCUUUUUUCCUCCUCUUGUGGUCAAAGCACUUAUUCUCCCAAUGAUGUGUCCACCAGAGGUCUGAUUCUGGAGGGUCAGUGUAUAUAUGUAGACUAGACGGUCAGGGAUGAGGAUUGUGGGCCGCGUGACAUGGACAGCCGUCGGCCUCCAUCUUGUCCUGUUGGGUUUGAGAGUGUCCGCUGCUUCCUGUCUGUGAAAACGCACACGUGACACCAUAUUUAUAUUUUCUCAGUUUUAUAAGUACCGCCACGCUGUAUUUAUAAAGUGUUUUGUACCUUCGAGCUGCUCUUCUCCUGCAGAGGUGUCGUCUGAGACUUCUGUUACUGCUCCUUCACUGUGUUUAAAUAAAGUUUUGCUCUGUGAGGUUAAAAUGAUCCUUGUAGGUUGUCAGCGACGUUCUCCAUGAUGCUCUCACACCGCAACAGGAAGCUGAACCCUCAAAGACACGGAUGUCAUUCUUGUUUUUAAAAAGUGAAUAAAUAAAGUUUUCUCUGAACGGC